AUGCCGCUGAGCAAGUCGUCCCGCUCGUCCAAGAGCAGCCGGCCCUCGCUUCUCUCACUGCCCUCGGUACACAGCCUGCUCUCGAAUGCCUCCCAUGACAGGGACGCCAAGUCUCCUGGAGGCUCCUCGGUAGCGAGGGCGGGCUCGCUAGACACAGUGGGCGAUGACGAGUCAGGCGCAAAGAAGCUACAGAGGAGGAAAUCGAGACUCAAUGUGCUGACGUCGUUCUUUGCGACCCCCAGCUCGCGUGGCUCGACAUCCACCGAACCCGCGGCCAGCCUCCGCCCCAAAACCGCACACGAAGCACUGCCUCCUACGCACUUAAGAACAGAACCCAUCCCACGAAGACCCGUCGCCUCGACCGUCGAGCUCUCAAACAGGCCUGCCUCCUCAUCAGGCAGCCCAAACUCCUCCUCGAACCCCCACGACUCGAUCUCUACCAUCGACAACUCUCCAGGAGCAGGCGGCCUUGGCAUACAGACCCCAGUAACCCAAGUCUCUGAUUACGAUUUUGACUUUGGCGUCGAACGUACCGAGUCCCCCGAGACAGCUGACACCGGAGCCGAAGCUCAACCCGGCGCCGACAUGCCACACGUCAUACAGAAACAACAGAGGGCGGUCUCGGCCCACGAUGCGCCCCCACCACCGCCGAAGGACCCCUUGCCACAAGAACCCCCACUGACGCCCGUCUCACCGGUCGCGCCCAAAUCCAGGGGGAGCGCACGGAGUAGCUCUGCCCAUCAGUCCUCGCCUUCCGACAGGAAAGAUGGACCCUCAAAACUACAAUCAACGAGACGAGCUUCGCCCUCAAACUCGGCGCCACGCGUGAGAAGCAGCUCUGCGCAACCGUCCACGCACAGGGACAUCCAAGGCGAUGGCUCUCAAGGCGUGACCAGUCCUGCGGAUGCAAACUCAUAUCCCAGGCCCAUGUCAAAACAGUCCAAUGAUGGCGGUGAGAGUCGAGGCAGACUGCGAAGGAGUUGGUUGCCAGGACGGCCGAGCUCGACCUCCAAAGAUCUUAAGAAGAUGUCGGCGAGCAAGGCGUGGAUCCUAUCGGCUGAUAACCAGGCCGAUUAUAAUACUGCGUUCCUGACAAACAACGAGAAGGUUCCCGAACUCUGGACUGAACAUGGCGAUGUUCUUGUUUACCUAUCCCCCAAGACUAGCGGCAAAGGGCCGUCGUUCAAAGUCUCAUCACAAGCCAUCGAGGCGUCGAUAGUAUUCCACGAGUUGAUUCAAGGAGAGCUGGAAAGCAGCAGGACCGCAAGGGACAGGUCGAGGAGUUUCAACGGACGUGACAACCUGAUGGCUCAGGACGCGGAUCGUCUGCCACCACAGCAACAACUUGAGCCUCUGGACGGAGAAGUCCGUCUGUACCUUCCUCCCGCACUCCCGGAUCAGCUUGCAUCUCAAGAUCCGAAGACACAGCCCGAGCUGCAGCGCCUGAUUGCGAUCCGGAAUCUCUUCGCCUUCCUGACCGGGCAGCCGCUCGUGGCGACCAAGUUCCGCCCCACCAUCUUCUCCGCAUUCCUCGAGAUAUCGUCGUUGCUGAAGGAGUUCGAUUUUAUGAGCAUGGAUGGCACAACCUGGGGGGAGGGUGUUGACAUGAGCUUCGGCUUUUACAUGUCGCAGCUGUCUCUUGCUGACGUGCGGCACAGCCGUGAAAAGACGCUAGAGGCCGUAAUCCUGGGCGAGCGCAUGAAAUGCUGGGAGCUCUACAACGAGGCUUUCACACACGCAGUCGGCAAAUGGCAGGCGAUCGUCUCCCUGAAGUCGCCCCUGGCCAAGCAGAUAUCGCCGGAGGUUUGGCGUCGUCUUGAGCGGUCGAACCUGGACCUGUUGAACCGUCAGCACAAUGUCAACUCUCGGUUGGAGGAGUUUGAAUUCCCGGCCCUUUUCUCUGGCGUCGCAGCCUCUUCUGAGUUCAAGGACGUGCGCUGGAACCGUUGGAAGUCGGCCUUCUCGAGGAUGCGGGGUUUCACGCUUGGAUACUACAAGUCCCUGUUCGGAGCCUGGCCGCCCAAGGCGAGGAGCAAGAAGAACCCCUUCUCGGAGAGCGGCCUGAACAGACUCGUCCUGAAGACGCUGUAUGCGGACCUGUCAUCACUGUAUGACCUCCUGGUGGACCGCGACUCGGUCACGCCCCGCGUUAUUGACCAAGCCGUCGACGAUGUCUCCAACAAGGAGUCCAACGAGCACAUCAAGGCCCUGCGGAAGCUGCUCACAGAGUUUGACCAGUCGUCACCACCGGUCCUGCCUCCCAUCCCCUACGACGUCCCCAUGCUGCCGACCAUGAAGACCGUGCAGGUCAAAUACGACGAGAUGAAAGAAAAGGACCAGCUCAAGUUCGACCGCAGCAUCAAGGACCAUGAGCUCCAGCUCAUCAUGCACAAGUCCUACAACUUCGACACGGACACCAUGAAAUCGCCCUUCCUCCAACAAUUCAAGGAUUUCGACCACGACCAGGCCAAGGGCAAGUCUCAGGCCGAGCUCUUCGACAACCGGUUCGGCAACUGGCUCUUCCUCUACGUGGUCAUCCAGUCGCUGCCGCUGCUCGUCAUCGACGCGCCCGAGCUCCGCUUCACCGAGGGCGUGGAGUACUUCCUCUGCCAGCCUCCAAUGGGCAACCCGCCCUGGCUCGAGGAGGCAGGCGAGAUCCGCAAAGCCUGGUACCAGCUGCCCGGGUCACAAGUCAAGGUCGAACUCUCGGCCGACGUGGUUAUGUUUUCCGUCGAAGGCACCUUCGAGCGCUCACACUGCUGGGAGGCCGCCAGGACGUGGGAGGAGGCCAAGGUGAACGGCGCCGCCGCCGGGCUGGUCGGGAUGCAACCACCACCAGCGAUCACCGACGCCCCGGCCGCCCUUCCUUAUUCACCGCUGGAAGCCCCGCGCGCUGUGUUCGAGGACAACGAUCCCGUGAUGGGCCUGGGCGGCACCGGUGGCUACCACAGCAGCAAUGGCGGCUCGCCCAUGAGCUCCGCACCAGCAUCACCAGCCUCAGGCCCACAGAGGCGCGUCAUCUCGCCGGGCAGUGGCCUAGCCGCGGGUCGCGGAGCCGGCUCCAACUUCCGUGCAAGCUUCGCGGGCCUGUCCGCCCUCGAGCCACUGCCGCCGCCUGUAGGCGCCGCGCCCGUGGACCGCCGCUCGAGCCGCGUGUACAGCUUCCAGGUGGCACAGCGGCAGGACUCUCUGGGGCCCGAGCGGCCGCAGAGCUCCGGCGACUCCGCGCCGGGCUCCAUCCGGAACGCCAAGUCGGUCGAUAACCUCCGCGGCCAGUCGCCCGCACGCAAGCCCGUCGGCGGCCACGGCCACAGCCACAACCUCAGCAGCACCUUCGACGACAUCCUCAAGGACAUGAGCAACCAGCAGAAGCCGGCCAAGCAAAAGAAGAAGUUCGGGUUCUAG